AUGAAUUCGGGGAGUUUGUUUGUCCAACGCCCUAAACCCGGAGAAGAUGAAGAUGACAUAUUAGCUUUACAAGAAGAAUGGAAUUCAAAAAAUAAUAAAGAAAAGUCUGUUAAAAUUCAACGAAUGACCAAAAAAGGUUCUUCACAACCUGGCUCUGUUGUUUCUUCGCAACCAAGUCCCCGUUCUAAUGAACGAUUCAACAAUCCUGCUAAAUUUACUCUUGAUCUAGAUGAAAUUGUGGAAGAAAAUUUCGCUCCUGUCGUUUGUGAUGUUGAAGAGAAAAACCUUGAUUGGAUGAAUGGUAACAGAUCCGAAGAUAUUAUAAAACAGGGAUUGGAGAGAUUGAGAUAUUCAAAGGACGAAGGUUUCCCUGAUAUUCUUGACCUUAAAGCCUAUUUCAUGGAUGUCGCUGAGAAGAGAAAAGCACCUCCCAAAAAAAGCUUCUUUGCUGCAGAGUUCGAUCGUCUCCAUGGGAGAAUAGAUGAGUCGAGCGUUCCCUUUACAACUGUUGAAGAGCCGGAGAGUGACAAGGAAGAUGACCCAUACGCUUCGAACGAAGAUUAUAUCAAAUCACUUUCUGUCGACAAAAUAAUGGAGUUGCGUAAAGACAUUCAAGAGAGAAUCGAUCCUAAAAUGAUAGAUUUCUUGAAGUCUCGCUACAAAAAGAAAGUUGACGCCCCAAAGCCGAAAGUUUCGAAGUUCAAACAAAAAAGACUGGAAGAAACUACGAAUGAUUGUUCAACUGCUUCUGAAUCAAAAGAACUUCCCCAGCGGUCGAGAAAGCUUGAUGAGCCGAGCACUUCCUCGUGUGAAAUUAAAGAACAAAAUGUUGAGAAGCUGGAAUCUAAACCUAGCACCUCUAAAGACGCUCCAGUUGUUGAGGAUAUAAUAAAACAAUUAGAAGUCUUAGAUGAAUUUGCUGAUCGGAAGGAUGGUGAGAAAUAUAAUCGUUUGGCUACUGACGCUAUCCAAAUUGACUUCGCGACAAAAUGCUUACGGACCAUGCUUCCAAGACAACAGCAGAAUGCUCUCAAGCUCUUUGAUAAUAUGAAAACUGCGCCGAAUGAUUAUAAGCCCAAUAAGUUGAUAGAUCAUGCUCGUGGAAAAAUUGAUGAGAUUAAACAAUUGUAUCUUGAAGAAGUAAAAAUUGAAGGAAAGAAUCAAGUGCAGUUUGCUCGGGGCCUGAACCCUCUACUCGAUAGCUGUUGGCCUUUGAGGCCUAUUCGUUCAGUUUUGGACGCACUCGAUAAAAGAGAGAGCAAUGAACUAACUGAUGAUGAUUUGGAAAUUGUGCAGUUGAGUUUGUUGUGCACGAUACUUCUUUUCCUGGAAAGACCUACCGCUUUCUAUUCAUUCGCAGACCCGAAUGAAAUGUACGUUCGAUUAGCUGAGACUUUCUUGCUGGGUAGUCGAUUGCUCGAAGAUGACAUCUGUAUCGAAUGUAUUGGAAUUCUUUUUGAUUCUUAUAUUUUCACAAGUGCUGUAGAUGGUCGACUUUGUCUCAGGAUGGAUGGUCGUGUGGCCGAAUUGGAUGCUUUCAUGCCUUUCUACGAAGAUUUUCUGAAAAAUUUCGAAUCUUUCUCAAUGGGUGAUCGGUUAUUCACUGAGUUCAUACUGGCAGGAUCUUAUUUGAACAGUGCCAGGAGCGAUAGUUUAGAAUGUCGUUUUGCAAUUUGGAGUCCGAAAAUGAACAUUGCAAGACAAAUAACGGCAUCAGUGGAAGGAUCGGAGAAGAUAAUGGAUGCGAUAACUUCUCUUCGUGGAACUCAAUGGGAAGUUUUCGAGUCUCAACAUUAUGUGACAUACUGUUCCCUACUUGGAGCCUACACAACCUCUCUCAGAGAUAAAAAAGUUACACGGGAAAGAAAUCCAUUGAUGUUCAAGAUAGCAUCGGAGGAGUUAGGCGAGUUUGUGAAAAGACAUUCAAAGAAUGAUCAAACAGUGGGUGAAAAGCCUAAGGAAUUUGAUUGUUUGGUUGAGAUUAUUGUGAACUCCUUGAAAGAUGUUCUGACGUUCUGA